AUGGUUGUUAUUAUUAUUAUUAUUCUCAAGCCGCACGGACUUGCUGAUCAGAGCAUAUACGAGAAGUAUAGCUGGGCGGUGCUCAAGGCUUGGUCUGAGACUGUCAGCGCCGGCUAUGGCGCCCAGGACCCAGUGACAGCAUUUGAUUGCUGGAUGACUACUGCAAGCCUCUUCUGGGGGAUGUGCAUUUGGACAUUCCUGGGAGGCAUAGUCACCACUCUCCUAAUCCACCUCAAUGCGGCCUCCUCGGAAUAUACCGCCAAGAUCACCGCUCUCAACCAAUACAUGGCACACCGGAGGCUGCCCCAGGUGUGUCUGUAUACUUGUGGGGACCUCAUCGCGAGCGUUCCCUUUUUUGAGGAUGCCGAGGAGGGCUUCACCACCUCGUUGGUCACACUGUUGCGCCCUGCGGUGUACUUGAGAGACGAUGUGGUGAUUAGGGAAGGGGAAGUAUCACGAGAGAUGUACUUCAUCAAGUCAGGCGCUGCACAGGCAAGCACCUCAAGCGGCCCUGUGGAGGUCAAUGGAAUGGUGGUGACGGUGUUGAAGAAGGGGUCCUAUUUUGGUGAGAUUGGGCUCUUGCGAAACUGCCGGCGCACAGCCUCCAUCCGUGCUCUCUCUCAAACCUGCGACCUAUUCGUGUUGAGCAAGGAAAAUUUUGACGGAGUGAUGAAAGACUACCCGGACUCCAGGAGGGCGAUGGACUUGAUCGCCGAGCACCGGCUGCGGACGCUGCACUCCAGCUCAGCAUGGCAGUUCAAGCAAGAUGCCCUGGGCGCCAAGAGCGUGAGUCUGGGCGCCAAAAUAGAGUCCGUCCUUGAGAUGGAUGACAUUGAAGGCGGUGACUCUGGGCAGCAGCCGCCCACGCCCACCCGCAUCCAGGCCACUAUCUCUAGCAGCUCUGCCCCUGUGCCAGGUAUCACCCGGGGCAACAGCCGCGCCGCGUCGGGCGGUCGCAGCGCGCCGGCAACGCCGUACACACUGCAGCGGACUAUGACGGCCGAUCUGGCGCGGCAGCAAUUUGCAGAAACGCCAUCCAGGGUCCACCCGCUGCGCCACGCCAGCUCAGCGACCUCGGAGGCUGCGCUGGCGCAGCAAGGGCAUGGCAUGCUUAGGCGUACUGCCAGCGCAGGAGACCUGUCAAUGCUGUCUUUGCAGCAGGGCGAUGCAGAUAGAAGGGCGCGGUCAGCUGCAGCGGAAGGAAGCAAUGCGCGAGAGAGGGGCGGCGCUGGUGUGCUAGGGAAGCUGAUGGGGAAGGUGGGCGGCGCUGGCAGGCAAGCAGCUAGGAGAAAUGACUUCAAAGCAUUUCUGGGACCUCCCGGGGGUCGCAGCGUGCCAGAUCAGGCGCCUACACCUCUGAGGCUGAAUUGA